UAAAUACUUACCGAACAUGGUCCCGCUACGGCAAAGGGGGUGGAUACCCCCGCACUAAACCUCCGCUCUGUCCCGCCGUCACCCGCUGCGGAACCGGCAAUGUGGGGAUGACAUCAGUUCCCGUUGCCGGGCCCUUGUCCACAUUGUCUGAAUCAUUGUUGAUCUUUCUCUUUUCCUCUCAAAGGUGAGUUCACAUGAAGGUAACCUCCAUUCUCAGGCCUUGUCUCAGACCUCGAUUAGGCAACUCCCGUUGUUAUAUCCCCUAUCCCAAAUAUCAAACUCGCAAAAUGCGUCUCCCCUACAUCGCCGACCCACCCCCAACGGCCACCCCCGAGGAGGCUGAGAUCGUCCAGCGCAUCCAGACCCGCCGCCACCCCCGUCCCCUUCAACCCCUGGAUCUCACCCUCCUUCAUUCACCCCCGGUUGCUGACGGCUGGAACUCCUUCCUCGGCGCGGUCCGCACCAAGACCACCAUCCCUCAGGACCUUCGUGAGAUUGCCAUCUCCCGCGUUGCCGUUGUCAACCGGGCCUGGUAUGAGUGGGCUCACCAUGCUCCCCUUGCCGAGCAGGGUGGUGUGAGCAAGGAGGGCAUGAACGCCAUCAAGACUGAGCAGCCUCUCGUUUUGGGUGAGACCCAGAAGCAUGCCGAGCUUACGGACAAGCAGUGGGCUGUUACUUGCUAUACGGAUGAGAUGACAAGAAACGUUCAGGUGAGGGAUGAGACCUUUGCCAAGAUGAGGGAGAUCUUCAGCGACAAGGAGAUGGUUGAGAUCACUGCUACUGUUGCAUGCUACAACUGUGUCAGUCGGUUCUUGGUUGCUCUUGAUGUUGGCGAAAGAAACGGAACAGGUCCCGAUGCUGCUCACUAGAAGGACGAUACAGUUUUGUAUAAGUGUGAUUGUACAAUUACAUCUCAAGAGACCUGUAUACAUCUAAAGCCACCAAUGGUAUGGUGAUUAUACAAGUACUGAGAGUUCAAAGUGAAGACAGAUCAACCAGAUUGCCGAACCUAUAUGAUGCCCGCA